AUAAAAUAACGACCUCAAACUUUACUUUGUCAAACUUGUAAGUCACUUUUUCUGUUGUAGUCUCCUGCUGUCAUACAUACACACUGUCCCCACUCAAACUACUGUCAUACUUUGAUACUAUAUAUAUACACAUACAACCACGCUCACUCAAUUACAACUAACCAAAAUCAAAGAAACUCCUACAAAUUUAGUAAUUUGGCACCACCAAACAGCAAUGGAGUGCAAGGCGGUGAAGACAAUCAAUGCAUAUAAUUUGGCCGCCGUAGUAGCCGCCGUGUUGCAGCUGGUACUGCUUCCGGUUACGGCGAAUGCGGCGGUGUAUAAGGUUGGGGACUCAGCUGGUUGGACCACCAUUGGUAACAUCGAUUACAAGAAGUGGGCCGCUACCAAAGAGUUCCAUCUCUCUGAUGUUAUUGUUUUUCAGUACAAUCCUCAAUUUCACAAUGUUAUGCAAGUGUCUCAUGCUGCAUACAGGGCAUGUAAUGCAUCGUCCCCUAUUGCAACUCACACUACAGGAAAUGACACAGUCACUAUCACCAAGCGCGGCCACUACUUCUUCCUUUGUGGGGUCCCUGGUCAUUGUCAGUCUGGGCAGAAAGUUGACAUCCAUGUACUCCGCAGCACCACUACUUCUUCCAUGGCUCCAUCUCCUGCAGUCUCAGUUGCUUCAUCCCCUGCAAGCCCUGUUGCCAGUGCCGUCUCUCCUGGUCCUUCAAGUGCAGCUGCAGCUGUGACAUUGUCAGGUUUACUAAAAGGCCUUGUUAGUAUAACUGCAGCUGCAAUGCUAGCAUUUUUGCUUGGUUCCUAGUGUUUGAUGUAGCAAUUAGCAACAAGCACCGAUAAUUGUUGAACCUACUGUUUAGACAAUGGGUUUUUUCUAAUGUUAGUAAUGGAACAAAAAUGUCCUGAAAGACAAAUUGUAUGAGUGUUUGGUGGAUACAAGUCCUUCCAGUAAAUGUUAACCCUGUGUUUUUCCAAAAUCUGGAUGACCACGUCCUCGUAUUAUCAUAGUCGUACAUACAAAUGUGAUGCAUGUGUUUCUCAGAGUUAUAUUCUUGGUGGUAAACCUCAAAUAAAGCUAAAAAAAAUUUACUUGUAA